AUGGAAGUGAUAGAGGAGCAACUGCGUGAUUCGAACGGAAUGUGUGAGUAUGCCAUUUAUGUGAAGGCUCUCAUAAAGCGACAGGAAGGGCAGGUUCAGGAAUCAUUGCAGCUAUUCCAAGCUGCCACCUGCAUCAGUCCAUUGAACGUCUACAAUCUCAAGCAGAUGGGUCGAAGCCUCUACCUGCUUGGCAAGCAUCGUGGAGCUAUCGAGGUCUAUGACGAAGCCCAGAAGAUUUCGCCGGACGACUGGGAGAUUUGGCACAACAAGGGCCUUUGCUACAUGUACCUUCGUCAAUAUGACAGCUCCAUCGAUUGCUUUACGAAGGCGAACCAGAUUCAGCGCCACGAUGUGACCUUCAUGCAGCUUGGAAAGGUACAUGCAUUGCAAGAGGAUUAUAAGUCAGCUAUUGAUGUCUACACUGAAGCGCUGGAGUUUUCACCGGAGCAUGCAGAGCUCCUUACAACUCUGGGGAUCCUAUAUUUGCGGAUGGGAGAGAACUUCAAGGCCUUUGAUUACUUGGGAAAUGCCUUGACACAUGAUCCGAAGAAUGCCAAAACAAUUCUGGCAGCUGGAUCCAUCAUCCAGGACCACUCGGAUAUGGAUGUCGCUUUGAUCAAGUAUCGUGUGGCUGCGGUUCACACGCCAAAUUCUGCUCAGCUUUGGAACAAUAUCGGAAUGUGCUUCUUCGGGAAGACGAAGUAUGUGGCUGCGAUCGCUUGCCUAAAGCGUGCUCUUUAUUUGGAUCCAUUUGAGUGGAUCAUUUCUUACAAUUUGGGCCUGGUGCAUCUCAAUACUGGACAAUUUGCUUCCGCAUUCCACUUCUUCUCUGCAAGCAUCAACUUGAAGCCGGACUUCCCAUCAUCCUACAUGUAUUUGGCCAUCACACUGAGUCGCUUGGACGACUUCUCAAAUGCUUGCAGCGCCUAUGAGAAGGCCAUCGAGAUGGAUUCCGACCACAUGUUUCACCUGAACUUUGCCAUAACUUUGUUCAACCAUGGAGAGCUCACAGAGGCCAAGCGGCAGUUUGUGCUUUUCAACGAUUUGUUCCAGCAGCUGGAUGAAGAGCAAAGGAACUCAGACCCAGAGGGUCUGAAGCGGAAAGAGGAAGCUUGUGCUGAGCUUCGAAAGUGCGAUUGUUUGGCAUUGAUCCUGGCCACACCCAUUCCCAAGGGGCAUCCCUUGGCCUUUUGUCAUAGCCGCCUCCGUGACGGCAUGGUGAAGAGAGCUUUGUGCGUUGGGUGCAACUACCCGAGCAAAGCCUUCGGACUGGCGGGAGCGGUCAAUGAUGCCUUCCUCAUUGCAGAGACUUUGCAGGCGCAUAUGGGUUUCCGGCACGAGAAUGUCUGUGUUUUGCACGACGUCUACCCAGGGCAGAAGAAGUCCUUGAAGGUGGAGCCUGCGAAGUCACCCACUCGUGUGAACAUCUUGCAGCAGUUGCAGCAGCUUGUCCGGCAGACACGACCAGGUGAUGUGCUGUUCUUUUCCUUUUCAGGCUACGGUCUUCAGGUGGAUGAUAUGGAUGGCUAUCAAGAUGAAGGUUAUGAAGAAGCCAUCCUCCCCACGGAUUUCGUGGAUGGUCGUGACGGUGACUACAGCGUCAUUUGCACCAACGAUUUGCAUGAUGUCCUCCUUGGAGUGCCACAGAAUGUGAUCGUCACUGCAGUGAUGGACUGCGAUCAUGCGACCACACUGAUUGAUAUCGGUGGCACUCUGGAUGGCUCUUUGGUGAGUGGGCUGAAGUACAGCAGUUUCUGCGGCUUACAGGCCCACUCUACCAAAAUGAUGCUUGCAAACCAUGAGCGGGGCGUGUGGCAGGAAGAGAAAGCUCGUUCAGUAGCUGCACGUCCACGUUUUCAGCCUGUGAUGGAGAUCGACAAUCCUCGAAGGGGCAGGCUUCCAACCAGGCCAGCCAUGUCUCGUUCGUCCUCCAUUGCCUUCUGCUACUCAGCUGCCGGGCACGGCCAGACGGCAAUGGAAAUGAAGAUGACAACGCCAAGUGUGGAUGGGCAAGAGCCAACUGUAAAGCAGCAUGGAGUUCUAUCCUGGUGCUUUGCAAAGGCUUUGGAAGAGUUGAAUUUCAGCGGCACGUAUUUCGAACUACAGGAGGAGAUUCAGCAGCAGAUGAAGCAAAUCAAAGCAACUUCUUUACCUCGCAUGGAUCAGGAAGUUUUGCUCACCUUUUCCCUCCCAUUGUCAAAACCAAGAACAAUGAAGAUCCUGCAACCAAUGGAGUCCGUGCAUGCACCCGAUCGGGGCAUCAGCACCCAAAGCAUGCGCCUGGCAGCGCCUGCUGUUGUGCCUCCCCCGCCGCCUGGAUUUUUGACAGGGAGUGGAAGUGCUGUCACCUCUCGACAAGUCUCAGAAGACAUCCCAUCAGCUCAAUCAAGACCAGCUUGGUCAGAACUGGUGCAUCACAAUGUCGAAGGCCGUGAAGGUUCCUUCAAAGUGUGA